UUUACUGAGAAAUGAAAGUGAAACUUCUAUCAAUAAUUAUAAAAAGGCAGGGGGGGAUGCACUGGACAAAAUAUACCACUGCACUGUGGAUAUCUGGGCAUAACUACGGAUACACUCUCUGUAUCAUCUGAAUGUGGACAUAUCAUGGACUGGGAAGAAAUAUGGAGUCGUUAUAGUGGGAGGAGGUGCUGGCACUGUGGCUCUGGCUCCAGCCAUUCUGGCUGCACUGGGUUCACUCCAGCUGGAAUAGCAGCAGGCUCCAUUGGUGCCAAACUGAUGUCAUAUUUUGCAGUUUCUAAUGGAGGAGGAGUUGCAGCAGGAGGUCUCAUAGCAACCCUGCAAUCCUGGGGUAUGGGAGGUCUGACGGGAGCUGGCAUUGGGGGUGUUGCUGGUGCUGGAGGAACAGUGGGUUGGCUGCUCUCAACCAUUUGUAACCAGACUGGAACACGUUAAGAUUUACAC